AAUCACGCGCCGCCUAAACUGGUGCCGGCGCAGAUAUCGAUCUGAGAGCAGUCAGUUGAUUCUGGACGGUACCCGUAGGGAAACGGUUAAUUGAAACUGCGAUUUCUAGGGAGAGGGAAAUGGGGAGCAAUGGGAAAAUGACGGAGUACGAGCGGCAGAGAAUGGAGAACAUAAAGCGGAACGAGGAGAUGUUGGCGGCGCUCAAGAUCCAGUCAAGGCUUAACGACCUCACCUCCGUUGCCGCUAAACGCCAGAGGGCUGAGAAUAAAUCUUAUAAACGAACUCCGGUGAAGAAGCCUAAAACUGAAACCCCUGUGGUUCUGCGUCGGUCGCUGAGGACUCGUGGGGUGCCACCUGAUGCUGCUACUGCCGGUGGCCUUACUGAUGAUGCCGAUGACGAAAAGAAGAUUAAGAAAGUGCCUGAGUUGAAUUCCCACUCUGUACACAGGGCAUCCCCUAGAAAACCGGGACCGUUUGCAAUGAGAGACGCAUACACUGGUGAUGAUGGGUUGGAUCAGAAUCUCACAGAGACUAUUUUGCGAUGUACUAAAAAAUCUGUAUUGAGUGAGACUGAUAGUUUUCCUUGUGAUUCCAUUGAUAAUAUGGAGAAAAGUGAGGACUUUGAGACAUUCAAAGCUAGAAAACGGUCGUGGGGUUCAGUGGAUGUGGAGGAAUUGCAGUUGAAGCCUGAAAAUGUCGCAAGGUUGGUGCCAGGGAGAAUUAUGAGUUUGAAUGGUGGUUGUUGGAAACAAGUUUGGAGAUGUUGGGUUUUGGAACAUUAACAGCAAGAAAGAGGAUGGUGAUGGGAUUUACUUGUAUCACCCACAUUCCGGGCCUAUUUCUGGAAUUCUAAUAGACCCUUGUUCCGUAUCAAAGAUGUACAGUUCGUGCUAUGAUGGGUUUAUCAGGUUGAUGGAUGUGGAGAAAGAAGUAUUUGAUAUGCUUUAUUCAAGUGAGUACCCCAUAUACUCUAUGUCGCUGAGUCCACGUGACACAAACACCUUAUGCUUUAGCGAGGGCAAGGGAGGAGUAUAUAUGUGGGAUGUAAGAGCAGGAAAAUCUUGGUUAUCAUGCGAUUUACAUGAAGAUAGAAUCAACACAAUAGACUUCAAUGCAGAAAAUGAGAAAAUCAUGGCUACAAGCUCCUCAGAUGGAACGGCUUGUAUUUGGGACUUGCGACACAUGCAUGCAAAUAAACCAAAAUUGUUGAAGUCUGUUAGUCAUAAAAGAGCAGUGCAUUCUGCUUACUUUUCACCUAGCGGGAAGUUUCUGGCAACGACAAGUCUUGACGACAAAGUUGGCUUGUUAAGUGGAGCUAAUUACGAGAACUUAUCUAUGGCAUGUCAUAACAACCAGACAGGCAGGUGGAUUUCAACAUUCAGAGGCAUAUGGGGCUGGGAUGACUCGUCCAUCUACAUUGGUAAUAUGAAGAGAGGAGUUGAUGUUAUAUCUGUUGCCAAUACAAAAACUGUAGCUACUUUGGAAAGUGAUCUCAUAUCCGCUAUUCCAUGCCGGCUUGAUGCACAUCCAUACAACAUGGGGAUGCUUGCAAGUGCCACAAGUGGAGGUCAAGUUUAUAUAUGGACUCUGUCAUGAGGAGUUAAUAUUUUUGGAAGUAUCAUUUUGACUGUUACAAGAGAUAAGCUUGAUGACAUUUUGGAAUGUAUGUCAUGAAGCUGUGACAUUGUUGUAGGAUCUUAGGUAAUAUGUUUACUUGAUCAUGAGAUGGUUCGGGAAACAUCUAUUGUCUGUUUCGAAGCUCUGCAUGAUGAAUGUGAAGAUUGAGUGGAUGCCAUGAGUUUUCAUUCCUCCAUGCAAGAAUUCAUUAUGCACAUCCAUUUGAUGUAACUACCAUUGUUUAGCAGCUGCUACUGCAAGAAACGUACGAACAAUCAUCAUUUUGGCAACCGGAGCAAAUGUCUCAUUAUAAUCCUGCCCCUUGACUGACUUGUUGCCCAAAACCACUAGUCGU